AUCGUCUGUCGAGUUAGGGUUAGGAUUAGGAAUAGGGUUAGGAGAUUCAGAAUUGCGAUGAUGUUCUGUCAUGUUCUGUUUGAUGUACAGAGCCGACAGCCCGCGUUCGGUUUGAGCGCAUGAUGACGUUUCACAGCCAAUAAGAAGGCGAAAGAGGCGGGACCUUCCCCUACCAUAUCGCGUCCCGGAAGUAUCCGCCACCGUUGAUGUGUUCAGGAAGUGCAAUAUCUAGCUGACUGGCUGUUAGCUUAGCUCGUUAGCUGUCAUGUUGUGGUUUCAAGGCUCUAUUCCUGAUGCCAUCCACUCCGCGAAACAGCACAGCUCGGUGUUCGUGGUCGUGAUCACAGGUACGCGCAAGUGUAUGUGUGUGUGUGUACAUGUGUGUACGUGUACUUGUGUGUGUGUGUUAGCGAACGUUACAGACAACUGUGACAGCGUUAGCAUGCUAGCUGUGAGUUAGCUGUUUUCAGCCAGCAGAGGAUUAAAGGGUUCACCUAAAGCCCAAUUUCUAUGGUGAUUAUCUGGAGGUUAUUUUCAUGAAGUUUGAGUCUUUACAAACAUUAAAAGUCUAAAAAGAGAACUGACAGACAUAAAGCAAUAUUUAGAGAUAUUUAAAGAGGAAAGGGGUGGAAAUACAGACAUUUACAGCUAAAAUAGAGAUAUCUACAUACAUCUAGAAACAUUACAUGUUGAUAAGAUAUAUUUAAUGAUAUUUACACAUAUUUAGAGACAUCUAGAAAUAUUUAGAGAUACAAAGAGAGACAUUUACAGACACCCAGAGAGAUUUAGAGACAGUUAGUUGCAUCAAGAGACAAAAAAUGAUAAAUUUGGAGACACAGAUAUGAAGAAACAUUCAGACAAAAACAGAGACAGUAACAGACAUGAAGAGAUAUUUAGAGAAAUUCUGUGAAAUUCAGAGAAAAGGAGAGAUAUCUAGAAUUAUUAAGCGACUUUUAGCAAUAUGUAGAGACAUUGAGAAACUGUCACAGAUUCUUAGAGACAAGUGAAUUUUAGAGAUGGAGACAGAUUUAGAAGACUUUUUAAGACAGAAGAGACAGACACAGACAGAUUCUGAUGAACUAUAAUGAGCCUAAUAUCAAUGUUAUCUGACAGUAUGUAAUCUCAUUGUUUGUUGACAUCAGAUCAUUUGUAAAUAUAAAUAUACUUGCAUCAAAUUUUACUGUAACUAUACAUUAUAUUUCUAAGACUAUUCAUUAUAUAUUACUGUAACUAUAAACUGUUAACAUGAAUAUGUGCUAAACAUGUCUUUAACUAGCACUACAGAUGAUAAAACUCUAGAUUUUUGAACUCCAGAUUACAUACUCUAGAUUCUAGAAUCUAGAGUAUGUAAUGUAGUAUGUAAAAAUAAUGUAUGUAAAGUUUUGUAAUCUAGAAUCUAGAUUAUAAAACUCUACAUUAUAAACUAAAUUGUAAAGCUUUGGAUUAUGUGCUACAGUCUAGAUAAUAAAACUCUAUGAUAUAAAAUUCUGGGUUAUUUAACUUCUAAUUUAAACUGUAUUAUAAAACUUUUAAUUGUAAAACUGUAAAUUUGACGCUUUGAUUUAUAACUUUAAAUAUGAUAUAGAUACACAAGAUGAACACCAACCUAUCUUAAUAUUAGGAACACCUGAGUGUGAUACAUUUUGAUAAUGAGAAACUAAAGCAUCAUACCUUUUAAAGUCAGCAUAGUUGGGUGUUUGUGUUAACACCUGGAUAUCUUAAAUAGUGCAGUUGGGAUCAUUGGUCUUGUUACGCAGCUGCUGGUGACUCUGAACAGGCUUUUCCAUUCACUCACAUUUCAAUCAAUUGUAUGUGUGUGUGUGUGUGUGUGUGUGUGUGUGUGUGUGUGUGUGUGUGUGUGUGUGUCCAGGUGAGGAUGAGCAGUCAACUCAGCUGAUGUCCAGCUGGGAGGAUGACAGAGUCUCAGAGGCAGCAAACAGCUGCUGUGUGGCCAUCAAAGUGGACGCUAACAGGUAAAACAGAAACAGACAAGGUCAAAAUCCUAAUUUAUCAAUUAAUUUAUAUGAUCAAUAACUUCAUUUAUGUAAUUCUUAUUAAAAAGAUCAAUUAUCAGUGUUUAUAUCCGUACCUGAAGAGGAAAAUCGACAUGGUUUAUGCGUCAGUGUGUUUAUAAUUCUGUCCUUAUCUUCCACAGUGAGACCUGUGUGCAGUUCUCUCAGAUCUGUAUCCUUUCAAAAAGUAUUGAUCACAGAUAUCUCCAGUUAUUGAUCACUAAUAGAUCCCUGCAUUAGUUUCUUUUGCUUAUUGAUUCUAAACCAUUCUAAAAAUAAGUCAAACUUGAGGUUGAUCAAGUGAAUAAUGUUUCAAAGGGUGUAAUUAGUGACAUAAAAAUACAACAUACUAAUGGAGUACACACAAGACCACAACAUGUCUAUGGUGCAUUUGAACUUAACCUCCUCUAAGAUCCUGUUGUGUGUAUACCCUCGAGCUACUUCAUCGGAGAGAAUGGCAUUCCUCUGGUGGUCGUUGCCGGCAGUGUGUCGCCUGAAGAGCUGAUUCAGAGGAUCGAAAAAGUGAAGCAGGUACAGGGGACAACACAGAUUAUAAUCUCUGUCAUUUAUACUGGGUUAUUGUCAGACAAUGAACAGAUCAUGUUCUGGAUUAUUGAGGCAAAGUAAAUGAUGGGAAACAUUUGAUCAAACUAUAUGUCAGAAUAAUUCAGGCCACAAAUCACAAAGGUUAUUAAUUAGCACAGGUUGGAACUACCAAUGUAUUCCAGUGAUCCUGCAUGCCUAACUUUACCUGAUUUAUUUCUCACAGUUGCACGCUCAGCAGAUCGCUCCAAACACAGGUGCUCCUGAGGAGACUGGCCCAUGCAACAGCACAGCCUCUGGACCAGGACCAGCACAAGAACCACUACCACAACAAGAACAAGAACCAGAAACAGGAGCAGAACUAGGAGCUUCUGUGGUUUCAGCUUCAGAUCCAGGUCCUUCAGCGCCCACCACCUCGGAACCCACCAAAGGUGAGAGACAACCUGAGGCACUGUGAUCCUCAUGUUCCUCUGCACUACCUGUGAAUGAGCAUGUGUGUGUGUGUGUGUUUCUAUCAUGCUGACAGUAAUCCUGCCUCCUCUCUUUCUCUCUCUCUCUCUCUUUCUUUCCUUUCUUCUCUCUGUCUUUGAUAAAGCGUCUCUGUCUGCUAGCCCAGAUGAAUAUCAGUCGUCACACCAUCAGACUGAAGAGAACCUGGAAGCUAAGGUGCAAAGGUGAGAGCCCACCUUCACAUUAGAAAUGUUCCAUACUGUCUUUUGAAUUUCUUUUGUUAUUUACUUUUGAGAGAAAGUAAAAAUGCUCAACUAAAUUUAAAAUUUCAAGAUGUAGUUAAACUCUCCAAAGUGAUCUUUAAACUCCGAUAGACUGUAAAACUGUGUUUUUUGUUCUGCCUAGAUAGAUAUAUAAAAUAUGUACACAAAAACUAUAUUGUCUGUAAGCUAUGUCAUAUCUUAUCUGUAGAUCUUAAUAUUUAAGGAUAAAUAAUCUAUAACCUGUAGUAUACAGAUUUGUCUGUGAACUGUCUUUACUUGGUCAUAAUUCAGGAGUUUAAUCUUUACUCUUGUGGGUCAGGUUGACAAAGAAACUGGAAGAGAGAAGAGAGCAGAAGAAGAUGGGAGAAGCAGAGGUAAGGACACAUUUAGUGUGGAGUAUAACUCAGUGGCUGCACUCAGGUGUGAGAACUGGACUGUGCCAGUUACAUUCUUACCUGUAAUUACCAUAUGAGCCAGCAGGGGGCACUGUUUCUCACAGAAAUCUCAGUAGCUGCUCUGACCCUCUGCAAACUGAGCUUGUCUGACCCAGAACCACUGAUGGUCAAUGUAGAGACUUGAUAUUUAAUAAAAUAACAGUCUUUGAUAUGUUAACUAUAAGAAAUGUCUCUGGUAUAAUGAAACUAAGUGUGUGUGUGUGUGUGUGUGUGUGAUUCAGAAUGAGAUCAAGAAAGAAAAUGAGCGGAGGAAGGUGGGCAAAGACCUGCAGGACUUUAAGAAGAAACAAGAAGAGGAGAAGACAAGGAGACUCCUGGAGGAGAGAAACCGAGAGAAGGCAGAGGAGAAGGCCGCCAGAGAGCGGGUGAAACAGCAGAUCGCCCAGGUAUGCUUAUCCAUAUUUCUUACUGCUACAUUUUUUCCUUAGUCAUUUAGGAUGUUUACCACCUGCAGGAAACGUGAGAGUAUUCGCUGUAACAAGGGAAAAAAUGAAUAAAAUGUUCUGGUGGCACCAAAUAAAUAAAAAUAAACUUCGACAGCAGCAGACAAAUCAGGUAUAAAAUAUUCUGACUUUGGUGUAAGGCUGUCUUAAAGCUUUAAAGAUUGCACUGGAGGAAUGAAGCCGCUGUCAUGCCGUUCGUUUUGCCUCCUGAACAUUUUAUACAAUGAGGAGAAGUUGGUUAAUAAUCAUUAUAUAGAAAGCAGCUUCUUUUAUAAACAGUGUUGCAGAGAUGAUUCAAAGCUGAAAUAUCAGGUCUUGAGCCGGACUAAAAUGAUCUGGAUGUAGAAAAAAAGCAAUUCCCAUCAGUACUUUAGCUGUCUUAGUUUACUUCUUAUAACUUUUACAUUUAUAAUCUUUCGAAACAGCAGAAAUUUGAUCAGAAAAGGGAGAAGACUUCUGAUCCUGACUGAGGAAAAGUUAUUUUAAACACCUGAGCAGAAUAGUGGUACACAUCUGUAGUUAUCCUGGUAAACAUGUUAAAUGAACGUUCUGUGUGUUACUUACCUGAUCCCUCUGUGCUGCAGGACCGAGCUGACCGAGCAGCUCGCUACGCUCAAAUCCAGGAGGAGGAUAGAGCUGCGAAAGAGGCGGCUCAGCAGGCCAGGCAGGCACAGCAGGAGGCCAGGAAGGAGACGCUGCUCAGGGAGAGAAAGUACGCUGCUCAAGUCACUCAUCCAUUCACCUGUCCGUUGUUUCAUUUACACAUUCACCCAUUCAUCCAUCUAUACACUCAUUCAUCUACAGUCCUUUUAUCAGUUCCAUCUGUCUGUCUGUAACACUGAUGUAAAUCUGUGUUUUCAAUAUCAGCACUGUAGCCAGGAUCCAGUUCCGGCUCCCAGAUGGCUCCUCCAUCACCAACCAGUUCCCAUCGCAGACCAGACUGCAGGAGGCACGACAGUUUGCUGCUCAGGUUGGUGUUUGUUUGGAGUGAUUAAAUAAACAACAUUAAUGAUAAUUGAUAAUGUUAUAAGAUAGUAAACAAGAUUCUGAAUCAUGGGGUACCACUCUAAAACUGAGGACUGAUAAUCCAAAUAGAUGAAAAUCACAGAACUUCACUGUCCACAGGUAGCAGGAUCACCCUCUCCCAUGUAAUGUGCUUAUUCUGUUUCAGGAAGUGGGGAGUCGCUACGGUAACUUUUCCCUGGCAACCAUGUUUCCUCGCCGGGAAUUCACUGGUGAAGAUCUGGAAAAGACCCUGCUGGAGCUGGAACUGGCUCCCAGUGCUUCCAUAGUGCUCCUACCGGUGAGACCUCCAGAGUCUAGGAUCUUUGACCUGUUUCAAUAAUCAGAUAUUAAAGGGAUAUUCCGGUGUAAAUUUAAUUUAGGAUCAAACACACCAUAACACCGAGUUAGACACCCACUCUAGAAAUGAAUUUUGUCAACCGCUUGCUUCUCUAGUUAUUCCAACUUUAGUAACGACCGCACGAUAGCAAUACACAGCAGUCUCAGGAGCCACACACCAACCCUCAACCAAAACGCCACUCUAUAGCCACAAAUAAUGCUAAUGCUAAAACAGCACCUAACUUCAUCAACAGUACAUAAAGUGUCCCAGCCACAGCACUAGCCACCAAACAUCUUUUUAGUUUUGCCUAAUUUCUUUAGCAAAGAGACUAAACACAACUCAUCUACUCUCUCCCAGCAGCUGCUUGUUUGUACGGAGAUCUCAGGCGAGUCCAUUACAGACUGCUGUGGGAUCAUAAAUGUUCUUUCUUGAGCUGCGUCACCCCGCUGUAAUCUGUAAUAGACUUGCCUGAGGUCUCGCUACAAACAAGCGGCUGCUGGAAGAGAGUAGAUGAGUAGUUUUUAGUCUCUUUGCUAAAGAAAUUAGGCAAAACUAAAAAGAUGUUUGGUGGCUAGUACUAUGGCUGGGACCCUAUAUGUAUUGUUGAUGAAGUUAGGUGCUGUUCUGAGCAUUAUUUGUGGCUAUAGAGCAGCGACUCGGUUGAUGUUUGUUUAUGGCUCCUCAGACCUCUGUGUUUUGCUAUUGUGCGGUCAUUACUGAAGUUGGUAUAACUAGAGAAGCAAGCGGUCGGCAACAUUCAUCUCUCGAGGGGGUGUCUAACUCAGUGUUAUGGUGUGUUUGACCCUACAUUUUAUGCUGAAAUAUCCCUUUAAGAUGACUCUAAGUCUUAUUACUGUAUUCAGGACAUUAUUAGCUUAGCUGGGCUUAGCUAUUGUGUACCCAGUCUCAGAUGUCACUGUAACAUGUCUUGUUGUGACUCCGCCCCUUGCAGCAGUCCAGCAGACCCGCUAACACGGUCGCUCAGUCCUCUGGUGGGGGUAUCUGGGCUGUUCUGGGCACGCUCCUUUACCCUCUGCUCGCCGUGUGGAGAUUCCUCAGCUCCUUCUUGUUCACAUCCCCACCCCCUCCAGGCACAGCAUCCAGAGGCCCCGCCCACCAUCAGCCCAACUCCUACACAAAACCCACGCCAGCGUCCGACAAAACGAACAGGUGAGAGCUGAUCUUUCUUAAUGGCGGCCCAAGACGCAUGUAGAGAGAAUUUAGAGACGGACACUCCAAAAUCUUCCUGUCCGAGGUUCAGACAGCAGGUCUCAGCAGAUAGGCGAGCAUUUCUGACAUAGGCCUGGACGAUAUAGAAAAAAAGCAUAUCGAUAAAAAAUAAAUCAUAUUGAUCGAUAUCAAUAAUUAUCGAUAUAAUUAUUAUAAUUAUUUAACAUAUAUUUUAAUUGCAGCCCUGGAUGUUUUAUGCUAUUGCUUAAUGACCUACUUUUAAUAAAGAACACACAAGCACUGAAUUCAAAUUCAAACCUUUAUUCAACCACCUUUUUUAUUUUACCACAACUGAAAGUUUUUUAAAAAAGAACUAAAAAAAAAAAGAAAUCAACUUAAGUGGCCUGAGUGACGUCAGUAAAUACUGACAAACAUAAAGACUAAAGUGACCAGAAAAUCUGAUAAAUAAAUAUUUAAAUAGUCUUUUGAUGAAAAUAAACAAAACAAACAACUAUAUAAAUAAACAGAAUAGCUUUAGGUGGGAAUAGCAUACUACCAGUUUUAACUGCGUGGGAAACUGCCCACAGCCUGGUGUCUGAACACUGAAAUAUUUCUCCCGGGGUCGGGAGAUUUAUUUUUUUUAAUUAUCAUGUGAUUGACUUAAUACACAAACUAAGCACGAGAAGCAGGACUUAUCCACGCCGGUGUUGUGUCGUAGAAUGCACCCCUGCCGAAUGCACCCCCUGCUAGUAGCCAUGAUCCAAAUACUCGCGUCUUUGUAAAAUAUGAGCUCAUUUGAACGUAUUUCCUCCGCACCCUUCUCACCUUUUCAACCCCUGACCCAUUUUCAUGCCUGAAGCGCUGUGUUUGAGAAAUACUUGCGGCCGGGCACUUCAUAUCGCGGGUCGAGAGUGGCUAGAAGCUGGUCGAAGCCAGGCUUUUCAGCGGUAGUUAUUGGCAGUAUGUCCCUCGCUAUGGAGCAUGUUACUGCAUGGGUGAUGUCCUUAUGCCGCUUGGACGCUUUGUCGUAUUUUUGGCAAGAAACGAAGUCCAGUUUGGUCGGCUUCACAUGCUUUGUGCUGGUGCUGGCAGCGGUUCCAGAGGAUUCCUCCGACGAUAACGUGGAGCCGCGGCGCGGCCGACACAGCUCGUACUCCUGCGGGUGCGAUCGGUUUAGAUGGUAAAACAAGUUGGUUGUGUUACCAGACUUGGUUUUUACUAAUUCUCUGCAAAUUUUGCAAACGACCGCUGUUCGCUUUUUGUCAGACUUCUAAAAACCAAAACAUUGCCAUGCUGGUGAACUACUGAAACCUUUUUUCCGGACAAUGUCCUCCGCUUCUCCUUGGUGUAUCAUUUUUUCUAAUACACGUGCUGUCUGUUGUGGUUUGAGAGGGGCUGGGCUUGGUGCCGUAGCGUACCUGGGUCUGCGUUUGUGAUUGGUUUGGAGGAAGUAAUGACUGUAGUAAAAGCUACAUGAUAGGCUAUGAUGAAAAAGAAAGGGAAACUGUGUUUUUCUAUCGAACUUUUUAUCGACCCGUUUUUUUUCUAUCGCACCACACGUCUAUCGAUCGAUAUAUAUUGUUAUCGAAUUAUCGUCCAGCACUAUUCUGACAUCUAACUUCGUCGACCAAAGCAACACUACUUGAAUAAGGCCAUGAGUUUCACUUCAACACCGACACAGAGUUUCACUCAGUCCACCCUAAACAAGCCCAGACACAGAGAGCAGCAAUCAGAGCUUUUUAUUUUUCCUCAGUUUUGAUCGCAUAUUUGCUCUGUGUGUAUGUGUGUGUCUGUGGGUGUAUAUGUGUGUCUGUGUGUAUUGUGUGAUGAUUUCCGUCCCCUUCCUCAGAGAAACUCUGGAGAAACGCCCCAAAGACUUCAAGAAAGACGGUAAAAUCUGCCGGCUGAGGACUCAGGAGGACAGCGAGGACGACAACAACACCUGGAACGGGAACUCCACUCAGCAGAUGUAGCGCCCCCUGCAGGCCUUCUGCUGUAGUAGUUCAGUCUGAUCCUUCUGUUGUCUUACUGCUGUUCCAGGCCUGCAUGGUAAUAAUCAGUUUAUCAGUAAAUAGUUUGGUCUCUGGACUCAGAGUCUGUCUGUGUGAUCCUGGUUCUGUCCCCUGAUCCGGCUCAGAUGACAGCAGGUCCAGAGUCCUCACUGAUCCUUCUCAGAUUCACCACAAGGUCCAAGGUGUGGACCAGGUCUAUCUAACAGGAUCUGUGUCAACUGGAUCUAUCUCAUAGGAUCUGUGUAAACCAGAUCUUUGUUCACCCUGAUCCCUCCUCUUGCUAUGUGACCUUUGACCUGCUGAGAUCUGAGCCAGCUGAAGUCCGGGAAAAAAAAAAAUGAAAAUGUAACGACAGUGACUCACCUGGAUGACCUUUGAACUCAGACGAUUUAGCCUUACAUGUCAACACUUCAUCUAGACAGCUCGCAGACGCUUCACACUCUAACACACACAGACAUAAACACACACUCUCACACAAACACACACACUCACACUCUGUCUGGGUGGCUUCUGUUGGUUUGACCCUAACCCCUCUGUAGUUCUUCUCAUUAACUCAUGAAAUCAGAAAAAUAAAGCAGCCUGUUUUUCAGAAACCUUUAA